AUGCCCGAAAUCAAUCUUCCACUCCCAUCACAAUAUAUCACAGGAAUGGGGGCGGCUAAAGAUCAUUGGAAAAGAAGGAAAAAGAAGAACAGCAUGAAGGAAAAACGUAUCAGAAUAGGAUUUUGUUUUCUGUUAUACUUGCUGCGUGUUUUUCAUUUAAGAUUUAAGCGUCAGCACGAAGAAGAGGAGAUUGAAACCUAA